AUGAUGAUGCGGAAACAUGCCAUCACGUCGAGCUUGGAAUUGUUCCAGCUCCCGGUUCCUCAAGAUUCAGCUUUGAAACAAUGGAGGGACAAAUCUGUUUACAUUCUACCCCAAUUGCAGUCUCACCAAAAACCAAACGAAGAAUUGAUGUCUCAAUGGAUCUACAACACGUUGAAACGACACCCACUCAUGAGAAGGGUCAUGGAUCGCUAUCUUGACUCACAGUUGGGUUCCUACGAAACGUCUUUUGAUGCAAUGUGGCCAGGGGUAGAACGAGCUCUUCUUGAGGCCCAGUACGAUGCCAACGCGCAAUCCAUUCGAGAUGACUUGAAACGUGGCCCUCAGCAACUCAAGAAAGCCACGGCUCUCCCAGGCGCAAAAGACAAAGGAAAGGGAGUAGCAAAGCUCCCAAGGCUCCCAAGGAAGGCAAAGGCAAGAAGGACAGCCCGCCUAAGGAAGCAAACGCAACAGCAAGCAGUAGUAAACAGGUCAACAACUCACUCCCGCUGA